GUUUCAUACUUGAAGAGAACAUUUCUGGCGUGUUGAGAAAGAGAGACACCUCAUUAAAUAAACCGCGUGUAAUUAUUACAUGUACUUAAUGUUGUGAUUCCCUUUUUCAUUGAUAAAGAAGAAGCGAGCUAAAAGAAGAGGAUGUAUACAACAGGACUGAAUCCCUUUUACGCUUCCAAUUUUAGCUUAUGGUCUGCGUAUUGUUCGGGUGGUUUUGCGAUGGAUACGAUGAAAAAGCCUUCGUUCUGCAUUGCUGACAUCCUGCAUGUUGGAGACGCUGAAAACAUCCCCGGGUCAUCAGCUCUUAUGACCCAUAUGGGAGCUCGGGCUCAAGUUCAUUCCUCGGGAUCUCCGCUUCGCCCAUCCCCGUUAGCCCCGGACGCGUCCGUUUUCGGUGCUAGAAUGAACACGGCGUCUGCCUAUCAUAGGCACGGAAUACACUUGACUUCUGUAGCCAGAACUACGCUUAAUUCUCAGUCAGCUCCCCCGCCGUCUAGCAAAGACCUAAAGUUCGGGAUUGAUCGGAUUUUAUCUACAGAAUUCGAACCAAAAUCGAAAGACUCACCAUCACUAAGAGAUCUCACGUCCAUUGUUAGUUCGAAUCGCCAGUCAGCGGUCCACGUCUCUGUGCAACCGACCGCAAGCCAGUACUUCGCGUCCCUAGAGCCGGGGAUGAGCGACGCGUCUUCCAUGAUGAGUUCAAUAGGCAAUGCCUCCAGACAAUCAGGGCAGCAUCAGUAUCAGGAUACUUUCCCAGGGCCCUAUGCAGUCCUCACCAAAGACACAAUGCCACAGACCUACAAGAGGAAAAGGUCCUGGUCCAGAGCAGUGUUCUCCAAUCUGCAGCGAAAGGGGCUUGAGAAGCGCUUUGAAAUCCAAAAGUACGUCACGAAACCAGACAGGAAACAGCUUGCUGCGAUGCUGGGCCUCACAGAUGCACAGGUUAAAGUGUGGUUCCAGAACCGGCGAAUGAAAUGGAGGCAUUCCAAGGAGGCCCAAGCACAAAAGGACAAAGAUAAGGAGCAGCUGGAUAAGACGGUACCCGAGGCCGAGCAGAAAGCGCACGAGGACUCGGACUGCGAGAGCGAACCCAGCGAGUCAGAAUUCGAGGACGAACCAGAAGACAAAAGAGAGGCGAGCGUUUCUGAACUCAACAAACCCAGCGUAAUCAUGACCGGGCCUCUUCCUGUAAGCACAGAGGACACAGCACCAACAAACGCCGUGACAGAGACAACUGCAUCAUCACAAAUGCUGUUAUGAACUCGCGGCUGUAAAAACAGUCAAGCCCGAGCAGUAGCAAACUGUUAUAACCACUGAGAUCCAUGUCCAAAUUUUAGAAACGUCUUAAAGGAGAGCGUGUAGUCUACACAAUAGAUGGUCCUACUUAGGUUGUCUCGGCCAUUUAUGUCAUUUUAUGAAGUAUACCUGGCCAUUGAUGCCACUGAUCUGUUCCUUUACAAAGUAAAUUUAAAUUUUAUUAUGAAUAUUCACUUGAACCACUCGUUCACUUCUUGACUGUCUGGGAACUUUACGCAAUUUAAAACUUAUCUUAAAGCUCAUGAACUUGAUUGUAUUAUAUUUUGUUAGUAGGUAUUUGCACUGAAGAUGUAAAUAAAAGCGUUACUUUUAUUCUUU